GCGCGUCCACACUAAUGCCGUAUUUGCACAAACUUACUUCUGUCUAGUCGCGAGUAGAUGAAGCGAUACAAUGUGCACCUGACGUAGCUACAGUGUAGUUGUGCCAUGUCAACGCACGCGAAGCUUAAUAACGGAGUUGUUCCAAAGAACUUUACCUUUUGGGUUCUAAAGUUAGGGCGUGCUAGUUUUCUGUAAUUUUAGACCUCGGUAUAACCGUGAUUCAGACUGCGGGAAAAGAUGUGACUUUGUUUAUUUCCUUCUUUUCUUGCAAAACAUUGUGGAGUACGAGUGGCAACAGAUUCUGAGUCAUACAACGGACAACUAGUGCCGGGCCCGUCGCGUGACUUGUGUGUCUCCCACAUGCACCUCCAUGGUUGUAUGAAGUUCCUACAAGGACCCAGCACCAAGUUUUGUCAAAGAAUUCGAGACCCAGCUCAACUAACAGUUUACUAGCCGAAAAUGGCUUGGUGUUGUUCGUCUCUUCUUGCCUGUUUAAUGAUCAUGGCAACCACAAUCAAUGGACAAAAGACUUUUCCAGGCAAGUGCGGAAUGUCCCAUCCAUGUGCUCAGAUCUGCAAAGAUAUUCCAGGCAUGGAGCGGGUGAAGUGUGAGUGUGAAUCUGGUCAUAUACUGGCUGCUAAUGGCUUCCUAUGCAUUAGUGAAGAAGAUGACACCAUUGAUAUCGAUGCAGAGACAAGCCUCAAAGAGGCAGAGGUAACUGUUAAAGAGGAGAUGGAUUCUAAAACCAAGGAACAGCAAGGCAGCGGAGGACAGGAGAUAGAGGGUAGUGGCAGUGGCACAGAUGAUGAUGGACAGGAGACAGGGAGUGGUGAGGGGGUGCUUGUGCCUGACCCAAUGGCCCUCUGUCAAGACUUUGAGUGUCAAAAUGGAGGCACAUGCUAUGUGGAUGUGAUGGUAGACAAAGCAAUGUGCCACUGCAUGCAAGGAUUCCAGGGAGAGAAGUGUGCUACAAGCAUGGUGAUAGGUACAUGCCAGGAAUUCAUGUGCCAAAAUGCCGGCACGUGCUAUAUCGAUGAUGAAACAAGUAAAGCAUCAUGCCACUGCCCACUGGGAUAUGAAGGAGAGAUGUGUGAGCAAACUGUUGCCAUUAAGUUCCCAAGUUUUCAGAGCCAUUCCUACAUGGAAUUUUCGACACCAUUGGGCCUGUACAGGACAUUCCAGAUCAGGGUUGACUUCAAGCCAGAGAUGCUGGAUGGACUACUACUGUUUUGUGGUGAGAAGAACAGCACAGAUGGGGACUAUUUCUCCCUCGGUCUUGUCAAUGGCAAGAUGCAAUUCAAUUACGAUCUUGGAGGAACAGCACCGGGUAUCAUCACCAGCUCUGUCACAGUAUCCCUUGGUAAGUGGCAUACAGUGACCAUCAAUCGAGAUAACUGGGAUGGCUGGAUCCAAGUGGAUGAAGAAAAACCAGUCAAGGGAAAGUCAAAGGGAUUAUACUCCAAGCUAACUCUCCGUAGCCCCCUCUACCUUGGUGGCCACAGUAACUACACAGCAAUCAGCCAAACUGGUAUUGGGACUGGAUUCUCGGGCUGCGUGGAGAGACUUGUCAUCAACAAUGUAGACUUAGACAUGAGGCAGGAGCCUAGAGGCUUUGGAGUCGCUGGUGUGGAUGUAGGGGAAUGUAGCAGCGGCCUAUGUGAUGAGGGUAUGUGCAGCAAUGGUGGUUCAUGUGUGGCCCAGUCAGCUAGUCGUUACCUGUGCCUCUGCCCAUUAGGCACGGGAGGACCCACCUGCGAAAAGGAUGUCCUACUACACAUCCCAUCUUUCAAUGGUUCCUCCCAUCUGGUCCACCAAAGUCUUGGCAAGAACCACCUGUCCUUUCUAGAGAUAGAGGUUGUUUUCCGACCCCAUCAGCCCACUGGUGUACUCCUCUACAGUGGGCAGAAGUUUGCGAGGGCAGGUGAUUUUGUCUCACUGGGCAUGUCCGACGGCCAUGUGGAAUUUAGAUUUGACUGUGGUUCUGGACCAGCCAUUUUAAGAACAUCGGAGCCAAUCUCUUUGAAUGAGUGGCAUAUUGCCAUUGCAUCACGCACUGCACGAGAUGGUACUCUACAAGUGGACAAACGACGUGUUCUAAGUGGAAUGUCAGAGGGCGCUUUUACCCAGUUGACCUUUGGUAGUGACCUUUACAUUGGUGGGGUAGAUGAUGCUUCACAUAUAUCCAAGAAUGCGGAAGUAGAAACUUCAUUUGUUGGUGAUAUUCAGAAGGUGAUCAUUAAUGACAAACCGCUGGACUUGAUUGAUGAUGCCAUCCGUGGAGUCAAUGUCUUAAACGCCGAUCACCCUUGUAUCGGCCAACCUUGCCAAAACAGGGGAGAGUGUGCUGCCCAGCAUGCCACAUAUUCCUGUCAGUGCCCACUGUGGUUCCAAGGCAUUAAUUGUGAAGAGGAAAUAGAUGGAAUCGUCAAAGUGCCUUCAUUCCAAGGAAGCAGUUACCUGAAAUUCACUAGUGACUGGAUCUUAAAAAGUGUAUGUUUUUGCAUGGGCUUUAUUUCACACUUUUGUAUGUGGACUACCUUUUUCCCCAACAGCUAUAACUUGGGUGGUGGUUCCAUAUCCAUCCUGACAAAUCAGACAUUCAAUGAUGGUGAAUGGCACAUAGUGUCUAUGCAACGUCAGCGUGCUUCAGGAAUAUUGGUAGUAGACCAGAGAGAAGGCCUAACUGCUACUUCACCUGGACCAACGAGAAGCCUUGAUAUGAACAAUGGACUCUUUCUGGGGGGCAUGAAGGACAUUGCAGAGCGUUCCUUGAAGCGUUACACCAUCGGCUUUUUGGGAUGCAUACGUAAUGUUCUACUGGAUAACGAGACUCUAGACCUAUACCAAGAUGCAUCAGAGGGCAGAAAUGUCAAUCAUUGUGCUUAAAGAUACAUCUGUUCAUGUGUGGGAGUUGGGGGUUGCUGUCCCAGUCUUUUGUAUUUUGUAUAAUUUUCAUUUGUUUUACUGUGGUUUGUUUUUAUAAAAUUCAUUGUGGCAGAUGAAGGCACAUUUUAUGAAGGAAAGCCUCUAAUGUAAUGGUGCAAAUGUAAUUCAAAUCCAAUCACAGAUUGUACGAAAUAAUAUGAAUGUUGUACAUGUAAGUAGUUGUAAGUCUGGUUGUCUUGUAUUCUGUAGCAUAUUUCUUUCUUUGUAACCCAACUACAUGUAUAACCAUAAGCCACUGUUUUUGUAGCCCUGUAGCCUUAACAUUGCAAGUAACCUGAUAUGACCAAUGAUGGGAAGUAAUGUGACUUCAAGCAUUUAUGUGAUCAGUGGAUGGUCUAAUUCAGGAAAUAUGAUACACGUACUUGCUCUUUAAUUUCUCACUACUUUUGUGUACUGUAAGCAUUCUCAGUUGCUAUUUUUAUACAUAGAGUAAAGCCACUAUUUUUGCACCCUAUCUUGCAGUACUGUAGUGCUUUUGUUGUUAUUCAAAAUUUUGUUUUGUCAACUCCAAUAUUUAGGUGCUGACUUUUAGGUUGUAUUGGACUUAACAUGAGAUUAUCUCAAGAGUGUCACAUAGCCUGAUAAAGGUUGAUGAAAUAUAUAUUUUUUAAAUACUUCUGUUUGACCAUCUCUCUGUAAGUAAAAUUCACAAGGGAUGUAUAUUUGACUGGAAUAUUUGAAAUUUUCCAGCUGGGCACAAUGGGGGUCCUUUCCUUAUAUUGUUGUUUCUAUUUAUAAAGAUGAAAUUCUAAUAAAUUCUUCAACACUUUGCAUUAUUAUUGUCACCAAUAUUCAAAACAUACAAUGUAAUUCAGAAAAUAAAUCCAGAGGCAGCAUUUCUGAUUUUGAUUGAGGUGAUCAUGGAUGAGAAGAAUCUUACUUGAGCUGUGCUAGAUGGCCAUGAAAAAGUACUUCAUAGGAAGGGAUUGAGAGGAAGGGGUAAAGAAGUGUGUUUGUUUGUUUGUUUGUUUGUUUAGUUGUGUUUGUUUCUUGUUUACUCCACAGGAGAUAGUAGCUUGUAUAAACUGGUCAGUCCAGAGAAAUGAUAAGAGACCAGUUGGAAAGGAGUUACUCAAAUACCAUCUGUGUUUAAAGGAGCUUCCCUUUUUCCACCUUUUCAUGAGGAUACAGAACAUAUGCACUGGGAGAUUGGUUAACACUCUGUGUACACUUUUCAAAAAGUGUCAUAAGUUGGCAUUAUGUAUUUCUGCCAAACUGUGAGUAAACCCCCCCCCUCGCACAUAUGUGACAUUAUUUAGGCCAGUAUUGUGAUGAUAGCUUGAAUUACAUGCACACACAGGUCUUCCAGAAAUACCUGUUGCCACCGCUACCAUAGAUUAUUUGAGUUAAACGGACUCUCUAAGGUGAUGGUGACUAGUCUUGGUCAUGGUAUAAAUAGACCUGUAACAUGACUUCACACUUACAGUGUACAUGUAUUACAAAGUGUAACAUCCAUUAUGUCUUAGAUUAAAAAAAGAGAGUGUAUCAGAGCCUCCAACAGUCUGAUAUGGUUUUUCAAAAAUCAAAAAUCAUUACAAUAUUUAAUAUGCAGGCUACAUAAAGACCAGGAAAAUUCAUUUUGACUGAAUACUUGAUAUUUUUAAAGUAAUUGCAUGUACUUUCCAGGAAGUACCCCGGAUAAAUGGUAUCUUGUACACUUACUCCCAGAAUAUGGUCAGGCAAAGAAAACCUGGACGUACCAGCUGAAAUGACAAAGCAAUACCUUUGCCAUCCUCUUUUUUGUUUUUUCUUUUUUUCAUUUUCUUCUGUUUUUUACUCUGGGAGGGAUUGGAGAAAAGAGAGCUUUUGUACUCAUGUGAAAAGACCCCCCCAAAAAAAACCAAAUGGAUGAUAUCUUCUUACUAUUAACCCAUUUGUUCAGGAUAAAUACCUGUAUGUAUUUGUGGCUGUGCUAGAAAAACUCUCUGCUUGUGUUCCCACCCAAAUUUUGCUACUGACAAAUGUACAGCAACUUCAUCUUGGUGAAAUGUGUACUGCCAUAUCGUUUAGUUCACUAAUGGCAUGACCACCGAUUUGUUCUUAAUCUUAAACAGUUUGGAAAGGGACAGGGAGUGCUGUAGUCCUUUUUUUAAAUUUGAUUUAGCCCCCAGAUGUGAGGAUUGUGUGUGGAAGCCAGCACUAAUUUUAAAACCCACCAUGUCGAACUUUUUGCUAGUUUGAGUGAAUUCUUUCAGUUUAGAUAAGUCUUUCUUGGUUUAGAGGAUAGUGAAGACAAAAGAGUAUUUCAAAGAUUUAGAGGAGUCCUGGUAAGAUUAAUUAGAAAUGUCUUUCUUUUUCUGAACACAGGUUCAUGUAAUUUCAUGUUUUUAUCAUCUGUUUGAUUAGAUUCUGAAAUAUCUCUGUGUAUCUAUAACAUUUUCGAAAUAUGCUACAGUGACCUGGAGGGUUAAUUAGACAUGGAAACUCAAAAUUCCAUUUCUACAGAGCAAUUUGCAUUAUGCAGUAAAGUUGAAUUCCAUGUCACCUCGUAAACAGUCUACAGUUUGCCUCUGUCAAGAUGGAACUAUUAGCAAUAAGCAGAGAACUGCUCAGGUCAUGCAAGACUUGAUGUAGAUCAGUUGCCAUUGAUUGCUGCCUGUCAGUUUGGAACUCCUUUUUUAAAACAAUCCCCAACAUAUCACCUCAUGUGAUCUUAGAUGACAAAUAAGUGGUGAUUGAUAUAUUCCAACUGGUCCUAGUUUCAAUUCACUUAAGCUUACAAUUGAGAAUAAAUGUUCACUGACUAGUCUCUCAUGUGCCUCAUCAUGUUGAUAUACCACUCAGUGUGACAUCCUGAUAAACAUGGACAUCAACCUUGAUCAAGGCAUUCAUCAUUAGCUGCACUGGCUAGCUGUCCGUGUGCAGUGGAAAAAUCAAGGCGAACUGCAACCCCAUGCAGUCAGUGUGAUAUGCGCAGUGAUGCAGUCAAGUAUCAAAAUUCGAGCACCAAGUUUUCCGAGUACACACAGUGCCAAGUAUAGACCAAGUUUGAGUACUUUUUAAUCAAGUCCUGGGCCAAAAAUCCAAGUUUUUAGUUUUUCAGAGUCAUAGUACGAGCCGAGUACAAGUACAAAGAUAAUCAAGUACAUCUGAGUACAUUGUAAAACUAAAACAUCAUGGAAAUAUGAAUUCAUGUACACCAGCGAUACCAUGCCAACAUCCAUUCAUGAAUACGAGGCAGAAAUAAUAAAAACACUGUGUGACUUUUAACGUGUAGCUUACACGUGAAAUUUUCGGUCAAAGUUUAGUAUCGAAAAACUAAUAUAAAAAAUCCCAAUUUCUAUUUGGAGUACUGCAUGACUGGGAUCAAGUUAACCGAGUACAAUUUGUCACAUUUAAGGACGAAUUCAAGUACAAAAUUAUGAGUAUGUGCUGAGUACUUGGGUUUUUUCCCCGAGUACUCGCGAUUGAGUACGGGCUAAGUACUUAUUGCCAUAAUUGGUAUGCGAAUUGUACUCGAGUUCAAGUACGAGUAGUCCGACACUGGAUAUGCAGGUUCAGCUGACUGACAUAUCACACUGUCUGCGCAAGGUCGCUGUUUGGCAGGAGGUUAUAGAUAACUAGCUUGUGCAGUCUGGCUAAUGCAUGAAAUGACGAAUACCUUGACCAAAGCUAGGACAUAAUGUGGUUGAAAAAAGUGCCUGCUGAUUUACAUUGUGCAAGAUUUAAGGAUUUCUAACUCAAAAAUUGUUGUGGUGAAUUCCAAUUUAUUUUUACUCAUAAGUGAUAUCAAAGUGUGCCAUCUGUAAUACUGAAUGAGAGAGGUCUGAAGGAUAUUUGUAUCAUUUUGUUCAUAGUACGAGAACUGCUGAGUCGUUAGUUCAAGCAGUGGUACACUGUAGCCAACUUUACCGGACUAGUCAUUAUACCUUUAAUGUUUGUUCACAUCAAGUUUUAAUCAUGAGCAAAGGCUUAAAUUUUGUUUUACUCAUAUGACGCGUGAGUUCACUUUGUCCAAUAAAAAAACCCAGGAUUUAUUCAAUUUUCAAUCAGUGGCAGUAAUUGUAUACAUGUACAUGCAGUCACAGGUCGUUGUUAAUGUGGAUCCAUGCUCUUUACUGUAUUAUUGAAAUUAUGUAGCAAUUUAAGGAAACAUCAUGUUAGCAUUUACAAACUGUAAGAAUUUAUAUCAGUGAAAUACUCAACAUGUAAUUGAUAGCUAAGUUCGUAGGAAGUUUCUUCCAUUAGCUACAGUUUCACUGGUAUAUUAGCCUGCUGUUGAAGAACUAACCUGUUACUAGUUGAACGUUUUGUUUUUAAUUUAAUAAUUUAAAAUGCUAUCAUCUGUUGCUCAGCUUUGUUAAAAGUAAAGAAAAAGCCUCCCUUGUUUACUUCUCACUUCCGUUUGCAAUUUUCAAUAUCAGCCCAGUUGUGUUCUGAAUACAUUCAAGCAUAUAUAUGCCAAAAGAAAACAAGUACUUACUUGAAACUAUUAAGAUUUGCAAAUCAAACAAUUUUGUAGCUUCAAAAAUUAUGCUGUUUUGAUACUGUAAACUAUUUUAUCAUGACUAAGUAUAUUUCAAGUAACUGAGCUGUAAACAUCAACUGCAGAUAUAGUUAAGACAAAUGAAUCAUUGCAAACUAUCCUACCAGUGCUGCUUUAUGGUUGUAUCUCGUUAAAUAUUCAGGGCUUUGGCUCCAGAAGUGACUGCAUGACCUGCAAUAACUUUUUAAUAUUCACAAUGUGAACAAUUUUAAAUUAGAUACUCAGUAGUUUUCAUUAAAUAUUUACUUGUCAUAGGCAUUUUGAUCUUUCGCAACCAUCUGCAUAAUUUAAGUCACAUGCUUUGCGGAGGAAAGUAACACAAUUCUCCAUGCAAUCCCUGUAUGCCUUCAGAGGUACACUGACUAGAGAUUGGCAUUUGGGUUAGAGCCAGGGCAAGAAUUCUUUUUCUUAGAGCAUGGAUACAGUGGUUCAAAAUAUGAAUAAGACUGCAAACAUGUUAAAGCUUUUGGUUGAAGUCAUUUAUGUUGAAAACUGUCUCACCCAGAUUCUUCCCUUGUGAUCCAUUUUUGUUUUGGGUAACUGCCUCUCCCCAAAAUCUUUGUCUACGUUUUAAGAUUUUUAUAUUUUGCAUUUUUUUUCAGGGAUAACUAAUUUAAAAAGACUUGCUUGCUGCAGUCGCCACACUGCUGAAAAAUAUUAGAGGAUUUUGUUGUUAACUUCUGGCCAUAUGCCUGGUUGUAACCUUAUAACUAAUACAUUAGUGUUUGUUUAUUGUAUUUUGUUCCUUUAAGAAAUAUUAACCCAAAGCUUGCUUUUGUAUAUUACAUUAAUUAAAAAAAGAGCCAUAAUCCACUUGAAUGGUAUUGGAA